AUGAUUACUAAUUCCAAAGAAUUAAACAGCAAUUCCUAACCUAUUAUGAAUGCUCUUAGAGAUCUCAAUAUAUUUGAUUAAGACAAUGAAUUCUAAUCUUAACAAUCCAUAUCUAUUCGUCUUAAGUCCUUUUUUGAAAACAUUUCAACUAAAGUAUAAUCAUUCAUUCUUUAUUUUUAGAAAUAAUUCUUGAAGUCUUUAUUUAAAAUUGUUGAAUAAGAGAUCUAAGAGAAGGGUAAUUUGUAAAAAUAGUUAAAACUUUUACUUUUGCUUCAUAUCAUCUUAAGUUCACAAGUAGCUCGAUCUGAAUAAUCAAAAAUUUUUAUUUCAAAACAAAUUAAUAUUCAAACCAAUAACACUACUUUAGGAAAAGUUUGUCAAUAAUAUUAUUUUUAUCUUUAUAAGCUAGCUUCCUAAACCACAUUUAUUAAUGAAGAUGUAAUUAAUGGAGAUAUUUUAAUUUAUUUCACAUUAUCAAAUUAAUGCAAUUUAGGAAUUAGCAUUUAAUCAUAAAUUGAAAAUGUAGAAUAAUUUUAAACUAAUUAAUUGCUUGGCAAUAUAGUUAAAUACAUUUAUUAUGAUUUGCAAGAUAUUGCUAUUUUUAUUAUGAAAGAUGUGAAGUCAAUAAUUGAAAAUUAGUAGGAAAUCUAAUAAAACAAAUUAUAGAUCCUUGAAUUAUAUAAAGAAGUAAGAUUUUAUAAUAAUUAAAUAGUGUUAAGUUUUAUAAUAGAAAAUGCUCAGCUUUUAUAGAUUUAAUCGACACUUUUAGCAUUUUUCUUAAAUUAUGCCUCCUUAUUCAUUAGUUGUAGAGCAACAUUAUCUUAAAGAAUUACAAGAAAAUAAACCAAAAAUUUAUUCAUUAAAACAUUUAUCAAAAUUGAAUUAAGAACAUACAAAAAAUAUUCCUCAGACAUCUAAAUAAAGAUAGAGAAUAAAAUUUGAAUUUGGAGAAAAGAAAAAAAAAGAGGAAUCUCCUCAAUUUUCAUUUUCAAAUUGA